AUGCGCGCGGGAUGUCGUAUCAAAUUACCGCGAAAAAUUGUGACAAAGAGAGCGGUGGUUAAUGUGCAAUCAGCGGACAAUGCGUGUUUCGCAUGGUCAGUGGUGGCCGCUCUUUACCCUGCUGAAAGAAACACGGGUCGAGAAUCCUCUUAUCCACAUUACACAACAGUGCUGAAUCUCCAGAACAUUGAGUUUCCAGUGACUAUAAAUCAAAUUAAAAAGUUUGAACUUGCAAACGACAUCUCCGUGAAUGUGUACAGCAUCAAGAACAACAUUGUCCCGCUACGUCUUUCAGAGAAAAAAAAAGACAGACACGUCAAUUUGUUGUACGUGCAAGACGAAAACAGCGUUGGACAUUUCGCUUGUAUAAAGAAUUUAUCUCGACUUGUCAGUGCGCAACUGAGUAAAAAGAAAUGUAGAAGAUAUAUCUGUGAUCGAUGUUUACACUAUUUCAAUUCGGAAGACAAGUUGCAGACGCAUACUGUAGACUAUGGAAAAUUAAAUAACUGCGCUAUCCGAUUACCGAGCGAUAAGGACAAGUGGCUCAGCUUCAACAACUACAACAGAAAGGAGCGGCUUCCGUUCGUGGUGUACGCCGAUUUGGAAUGCGUUUUGAAAAAGAUGGAAGAAGAAAAAACAUAUCAACACCAUCAAACAUUGACAUGGUUAUGUUUAUUGAACGGUAUACGCGGCGGUCUUAGUCAAUGUUCAGGUCGAUACGCACAUGCUAAUAACAAGUACAUGCAAUCGUACGACCCAUCGAAACCGUCAUCCUACCUUAUGUACUUAGAUGUUAUAUCCUCGAAGUAG